AUGGCCGCUCUCCGCUCUACCACCUCUCGGGUGCUCGGCGCCCAGCUCUCUGGUGCUGCCUUCCGGCCCGCGGCGUCCAUGUUUGCUAGGACCAUGGCGACCGUCAGCGAACCCCCCAAGGCUGAGAAGCCCAAGAAGAUGAGGACCUUCCAGGUCUACCGCUGGGACCCUAACAACGCCACCGAGAAGGCGCGUCUCCAGAACUACGAGCUUGACCUCAACGAGACGGGAGAGAUGGUGCUCGACGCCCUCAUCAAGAUCAAGGAUGAGCAGGAUUCCUCGCUCGUCUUCAGGAGGAGUUGCCGUGAGGGCAUUUGCGGAAGCUGUGCCAUGAACAUUAACGGCCAGAACCAUCUCGCGUGCCUUUGCCGUAUCCCCGAUGACGGCAAGGAUGUCAAGAUCUACCCUCUCCCUCACACCUACGUCAUUCGUGACCUCGUCCCCGAUCUCACCCACUUCUAUGCUCAGCUCAAGUCCAUCAAGCCUACUCUCCUCCGCACUACUCCCUCUCCUGAUGGCAAGGAAUACCGUCAAUCGAUAGAAGAACGCGCGCGCCUCGACGGUCUCGACGAGUGCGUCCUCUGCGCCUGCUGCUCGACCUCGUGCCCCUCGUACUGGUGGAACUCGGAGGAGUACCUCGGCCCCGCCAUCCUCCUCCAGUCCUACCGCUGGCUCGCCGACUCCCGAGACGAGAAGACGGCCGAGAGGAGACAGAACCUCAACGACAACAUGGCUCUCUACAGGUGCCACACCAUUCUUAACUGCACUCGUGCCUGCCCCAAGGGUCUCAACCCCGGUCUUGCCAUUGCCAAGAUAAAGAAGGAGCUGUCCCUCUAA